UUAUCUGAACUCCUUAACUGCUCUACUAUUCUCGAUCUCUACAGAGUCUCGAUCUGGAGCAAGCAAAUCACCAAAGGGCAUUCUGGGUUGAGUGAGCGGAGCGGAAUCUUGAGAAAGGCGCUCUGCGCUCUUAAGGAAAUAUUACCGCUCCACUCACAUGCUCUGCUCGGGUGUGAAGUAUGAACGGGGCGAGGCGUGAGAGAAAACAUCUGUUUAACAGCACAUGCUCCGGUUAUUAGCGAUCAUGUGCUGCUCGUGUCUGCCCGUCACUGUAGAACUAGAUUAAUAAAUCAAAUCAAAGCUAAUAUGAUUGAUUUUAUGUGUAGUUUAAAGCAGUAUUCUGCUUUUGAGAUGAUGGAUGUCAUGAAUAUCUGCAGCUGUCAACAACAACAAUCAAUACUGCUGAGAAGCACAUUACAUGAAAAUAUUGAAGAAACACACAUUUACUGGCCAUUUUCUAACAUUAUUUAAUAGAGAACUUAUUAUGCACUUCUGUGAACAUGACUGUAAAAUGUGACUGAUUUUCUGAACAGUAAAACAGCUUUUAUUAAAGGGAUAGUUCGGCCAACAAUGAAAGUGUGCUGUUGGUUAACUCUGAGAUGCAGCUGUUUUUCUUCGGUGGAACAGUAAAGAGGAUUUUUUAGCUGAAACCGUGCUCCAUUGUCAGAAAUGCAAAAAGAACAUAUCUUGACUUAUCGAACAUAUCCGAAAGACUGGUGCUCUUUAUUAAAAACACUGAGCAAAAACAUCCUGUAGCUGCUGCUAAAAUAGCUGCAUUCUAAUUCCGACUGUGUCUCUUUGGCUUGUUUGUGCUUUAAUACAUUCAGUGCAUCACAUUUGCCAAAUGAACAUCCCCUGGUGUCUCUCUACAGCAUAACCUUAUCUGAAACCGUUUUGUUUCCAGAUGUUUAAAGCUGCACCAUGUAGGGUUUCUCUGCUGGAGAUGAACAGAUGUGAAACAUGAAGCGAGUGGAUGAGCGUCACCGGAGGAGCGUGCAGGGCUCUCCUCAGGCCGCCGUCAUGCAGAAGCAGCCCCCCGCUGUGCCACCGCGCUCAGAGCCCUUCUCCAACGGCAGCAGCAGCGCGGCCGAACCCAGCCACCGGCCCGCCGACCCGCAGGAUUUGACGGCCCUCGCUAAAGAGCUGCGUGCCGUGGAGGACGUGCGUCCGCAGCACAAAGCCACUGACUACUCCUCCUCCAGCGACGACUCCGGGACCACUGACGAUGAAGACGACGAGGAGGUGGAUCAGGACGUGGGAGAGGAGUCAACGUCCGGCCCGGAGGACUCCCGCGGAGGCUCGUCCAGACUCAGUAAUGGUGAGAUGGUAGCAGCGAAGACGAUGGUUGUCCAAGACGACGACGCCUCCUCUAUGCCAUGCAAAGACAGCACGCUGGUCAUGCGACAGGUGACACACACACACACACACUCACAC